CCCGCAUUUAUCAAAACAUUAUUGUCCCUCCUAAAUACACAAGACAAGUUCUCCUAUCCAAUGACAACAUAUACAGAGGAUAAAAGCACAACACGCAUAAGAAUCAGAACAUUAACAACCGCUUGGGCAUCAAAGAGAAUCAUUUGCCCAGAUUCAGCACUUGAAACUGAUACUCGGCGGAAAGUGUCAGUCUCUACUCUCUGAAACCUCCAAGACUUCGCUGUGAUUGAGCUUUACCCUUUGAAACAUGGAAACCCCAAUUCCUUCCGCAGCAGCAGCCAUGGGAAUCAAACCCAAUUCAGCAGGAGCAGCCCAUGAAAAUGGUAACCAAAAACAGCAUCCCAAAUUCGCCCUCCCGGUGGACACAGAGCACAAGGCCACGAAAUUCCCACUCUACAAUUUCUCCGCACCACACAUGCGGGCCUUCUAUCUCUCCUGGGUAUCCUUCUUCGCCUGCUUCGUCUCCACUUUCGCCGCGCCUCCUUUACUCCCAAUCAUCCGGGACAAUCUCGACCUCACCGCCACCGAAAUCGAGUACGCCGGCAUCGCCUCCGUCACCGGCGCCGUCGUCGCUCGCAUCGCAAUGGGUGCCGCCUGCGACACGGUGGGGCCCCGGCUCGCCUCGGCUUCCCUCGUCCUGAUCACAGCUCCGGCGGUGUUCUUCACUCCCACGGUUUCCUCCCCUGUUUCGUUCGUCCUCGUCAGGUUCCUCACCGGCUGCUCCCUCGCCACUUUCGUCUCAACCCAGUACUGGAUGAGCUCCAUGUUCUCUCCCCCGGUCGUCGGAACGGCCAACGGGGUCGCCGCCGGGUGGGGAAACCUCGGCGGCGGAGCCACCCAGCUCGUCAUGCCCUUCGCCGUAACCCUAAUCCGCCGCUCCACUGGGGCGGCCAAAUUCACCGCCUGGAGGAUUGCUUUCUACGUCCCUGGUAUGUUCCAGAUGAUGACGGCCUUCGCCGUCUUGAUCUUCGGCCAGGACUUGCCCGAUGGGAAUUUCCGGCGGGUGGAGAAUUCAGGGGACCAAAUCCCCCAAAUCCUGUUCCAUGGAGUUAGGAAUUACAGGGGGUGGAUUCUGGCUCUGACUUAUGGGUACUGCUUCGGGGUGGAAUUGACGAUGGAUAAUGUGAUUGCCGAGUAUUUCUACGACCGAUUCAAUUUGGAGCUCCAAACCGCCGGAAUGAUUGCGGCGAGCUUUGGAUUGGCGAAUUUAAUUUCCCGGCCAGGGGGAGGGCGGCUGUCCGAUGAGGUGGCGAAGAGGUUUGGGAUGAGGAGAAGGCUGUGGACUCUAUGGCUCGUUCAGACUUUAGGCGGCGGUCUUUGUGUAAUUUUGGGUCGGGUCAAUUCAUUGGGAGGCUCCAUUGUUGUCAUGAUCCUCUUCUCGUUCUUCUGCCAAGCUGCUUGUGGCCUAACCUUUGGAGUCGUGCCCUUUGUCUCCAGAAAGUCGUUAGGGUUAAUCUCGGGCAUGACAGGAGGAGGAGGGAACGUGGGGGCGGUGAUAACUCAACUGGCAUUCUUCAAAGGGUCAAAAUAUUCCAAGGAGACUGGAAUCACAUACAUGGGAAUUAUGAUCAUUUGUUGUACUCUCCCUCUAUGUUUGAUCAACUUCCCGCAGUGGGGUGGUAUGUUAUCGUCCUGUCGAAGCAACCCAUCCUCAUCGUCGUCAUCAUCUGCCACCGAAGAGGAUUACUACUUGGCUGAAUGGAGCUCACAGGAGAAGGAGAGAGGCAUGCAUCAGGCUAGCUUGAAGUUUGCUGAAAAUAGCAGGAAGGAGCGAGGGAAAAGAUCGGCUUGUAAUACUGCACCGGUUAACGACACAUCCUCGUCGUCGCCAGCAGCAUUCGCGGCCUGAAUGAAUGCUUGUCGUUUAACAUGGCGUUGUAGAUUGUACUAUCUGAUGUGUGAAGCUAUCCAUGAAUGAAUGUUUUUUUUCUUUUUCUUUUGUGUAUUCUUCUAGUGAUGUACCAUGUUAGCGUUGCUCUAUGUGAGAUUUCUAAUGAAGUAGUGUUGUACCA